UGUACACUUAUAAAUAAGUCAUGUCUAUUUAUGUCAACUGAAUUUGUAAAUAAAUUUUUUUUUUUUAAAUAAAAACAUCAAGAAGUUUCAGAACCGAUUCACACACAUGUUCUUGUAACAAAAACUAACAAAUACGAAGCCGUUCUGUGAGAAUUAAUUUUAGAACAAAUGUUUUGAAAUCGAAUUUUUCAUUUUAUAGAGAAUUUGAUUUUUGAGUGUGAAGAAAAGUUUGGAAAAGCUGUACGGAUUCUAUGGUCAUGUUGAGGACAUUACUGUUGCUAACAGUAACUGUUUACAUUUCGCAUAGUUCGCUUCGAGGUGAUCCAAACAGUAAUAAAAAUGAUGGUGGUGACCUCGCGUUAUGGAUUGAUGAACAACAAGUUAAAAUGUUUAGCGGUCUUUCUAUGCAAAUAUACGCAAUUGUAAAUGGUACAGUUUUACCAUACGUAUUGGAUCCAAAUUUAAAUAAAUAUCUUCCAAUAAUUCCGGCUGAAGUUGGCUACGUAAAUUUUACAUGGAAAGCUGGAUUAAAUAAUUAUCGAUACAGUUUUGAUAAUUUACAAUCGUUUGAUGAGGCAAUACUUAAACCACCAGUGAUUUCGAUUAAAACGAAAGGUCGUAUACCGAAAAAACCGAAAGAAUUCAGUGUGCUGUUACCAUGCAGUGGAAAUAUAUCGGGUUUGGCUGCGUUCAGUAUUAGUUUAGAAAUUAAACGGAAGGGUGGUAAAGUUCUAGAUGGUACCCCAUUGAAAUUAAAGUUGCGUAAAGAAUGUGCUCAGAGGGGACCGGAUCCCGAAUGUGACAAAAAAUGUUUAAAUCGUGGCUGGUGUAAUCACGAUAAAAUUUGUCAGUGCCAAGAAGGUUACAUGGGUCAGUAUUGUAGUAUGGCAUUAUGUUAUCCAAGAUGUAUGAAUGGGGGUAAUUGUACAUCACCAGGAGUCUGUAGUUGUCCGCCUGGAUUCCAAGGACGUCAUUGUGAAGGGGGAAUUUGUACAGAAAAAUGUAAGAAUGGUGGAAAAUGUGUUCAAAAGGAUACGUGUCUAUGCUCCAAAGGAUAUUUGGGCGCUCAAUGUGAAGUUUCAAGAUGCGUGAUUCCAUGCUUAAAUGGAGGACGUUGUCGCGGUACAAACAAAUGCAAAUGUAACGCUGGUUUUCGUGGUGAUCAUUGUGAAAUUGGACGAGUUGUUAGCCAACGAUCGAUGUGUAGUCGACCCUGUCGACAUGGUACAUGUCGUCCGGAUAAUACAUGUUUAUGUGAUCCUGGCUGGACUGGACGACAUUGUCAAAUACGUAAGCGACAAAUGGAUCCGCAAGAAUUUCUGGACAGUGAAACGUAAAAUGUUAUAUUUUUCGUAUAUAUAUAUUUUUUAAAGUGCCAAAGUGGGGUUUUACUGUAUUUUUUUUUAUAGUUCAACAGUUUUUUCUUUCCAAUAAGGUACCAUAAAUUUUUUUUGACGGUACUCAAUUUAAAUAGUAUAUGUAGUUAAUUAUUUUGGAAUACAAAUUUUGGAUGUGCCAUUAUUCGUUUUUAUUAUAUAUAAAAAGAAAAAACUGUGGAUAUUGGAGCUAUAUUUACCCCCAAGUGA